GAAGAUCAAGCACCAAAGCUUCCGACGAGCCGGUGGAGGAGUCUCAGGAGGAGGAAGAUGAUGCCGCUGAGGAGGAAGAGGACGAGGAGGAGGAAGAGCAGCAACAGCAAGUGCCGGGCAAGACCCGCUGGGCUGACGUCGAUUCGGAUGACGAGCAACUCCUUCCGAGCGCGGAUGAGGAUGUUGGAGACAAGGAGAAGGCUUCUGAGGAGAACGCCGAGGAAGAGUGGCAAGAGGUUAAAAGAGAGAGGAAGGCGAAGCCUGUGAAGACGGAAGUGGCCAAUGCGGCUAGGUCUGAAGCCCGGCCUCGCGAGAACCGCCGGGAUGGCCGCAGGGACGAUCGCCGCCGGAAGGACAAUCCUGCGAAAAUGGGCCAGAAGGACUCAAACGGCAAGGAGGAGGGUCAACCGGCAAGGAGGAGGCGAGAUGGCGACAGAAACGCGCGGGACCGCCGACGAACAGGCGGAGGCGAACACGCCCCUCGUCAG